UCCAUCAGGUUCGGUUGAGCUUUUCACUCAGCCUGCAAAAAGAAUUGAUUUUUUUCCUGGGGCCUUGCAGGUUUUGCAGUGAUUUUUCUCUCUCUCCUUUAAUAAAAAAAAGAAGGCUUUGAGCUGAAGGCGAGUUUUAUUUUUGAGUGGUGCGGCGGUGUUCCGGUUUGGGUCCAGUCGCUUUUCCCGAGGGCAGCGAUCGUGAAAUGCGGAGAGGGAAGCCAUGCACUCGGCGCCCGCACUGCCUCUGGUUGCUAACGGCGGCCUUGGUGACAGCGCGCUGCUGUCUCGGUGUGAGCGCCCUGGGUGAUCAGGUGGUGUGGGCCAUCAACGCCGGAGGGGAGGCUCACACCGACGUACACGGCAUCCACUUCAAAAGGGACCCGCUUGAAGGCAAAAUCGGCAGGGCAUCGGACUAUGGAAUGAGAUUGCCUAUUUUUCGAUCAAUGCCUGAAGAUCAAAUUCUGUACCAAACUGAACGCUACAAUGAAGAAACUUUUGGAUAUGAUAUUCCAAUUAAAGAAGAAGGCGACUAUGUAUUGGUUCUGAAGUUUGCUGAAGUAUAUUUUGCUCAAUCCCAACAGAAGGUCUUUGAUGUGAGAUUGAAUGGGCAGCAUGUGGUCGUGAAAGAUCUGGAUAUAUUUGAUAAAGUAGGGCACAGCACAGCACACGAUGAACUGGUGUCCUUCUCUGUCAGAAAAGGAAAACUCAGUGUUCAAGGAGAAGUCUCCACAUUUAAUGGAAAACUACUGGUGGAAUUUGUGAAAGGUUACUAUGACAACCCUAAAAUCUGUGCAAUAUGCAUCAUAAAAGGAACAGUGGAGGAUGUUCCAAAACUCCUGCCUCAUCCUGGUUUGGAAAAAAAAGAGGAAGAGGAAGAGGAGGAGGAUUAUGAGGAAGGUACUGAGAAGAAGACGAUAAGCAAAAAGAAGGUGAAGUCUGGACCUCGAACACCUGACCCAUAUGCCUCUGACAACAGCAGCCUAAUGUUUCCAAUCUUAGUUGCCUUUGGGGUCUUCAUUCCCACUUUGUUUUGUCUAUGUCGAUUAUGAGAGAAUACCUUAGCAUGUACAGUGGUGCGUGUGGGUGAGGAACUAUGUAACAGCAUGGGGCAGUCUGUUUAAAACAGUAUGUUUCUGUUCCCUCCUUGGAAUUCAGGGGGGAAAGGAGAAGAAAUGGUUUGUAUUGACUUUUGAAGGUUUGAAUUGCAAUAAUUUUUUGUUUUUGUUAAUUUUUUAAGUCUCCUUGAAUAAUUAAGUGUAAAAUUGAAAAGAAACCCAAAAAUUGAAUGCUUGAAGCAGUGUUUAAUUUUUGCUGUGAUAAAGGUCUGGUUUAAUGGAUAUUCAGGUUGGGAAAAAAAUGUGCCUCAAUGUGAAGACUGUACACCUAAUACUUGCCAUUAGUGUUCAAAGAAACCCAUAACUUUACUGGUAAAACUUGAAUGGAGAUUAUGAAAUGAGAAAGGUACUGUAGACAAAUUAGUGGUGAUCCAAAUGUCUUAAGUUCCAUCCCCUCCUUUGCAGUAACAUGUCUCCACUUGGACAUGGGCAUGAGAAUUUUUUCUCAUGAGCGAAGUGUCCAAGAUCAGAUUCAGUUUGGUUAGAGAAUGGCUGUUUAGUAAUAAAUUAGGUAAGUAUGAAAUUUUCAGUGUGAAAAGGUAGUGCUUGUUUCACCAGCAUCUUUAGGUUUUACCUUAUGACUUGGUACAAUGCUCAAAUGUUUUCAUGAUAAUUUAAGAAGUGCUGUUUUUGUUGACUAACUUCUCUGGAUUACAACAGAAGAUUUCCUUAAAACUACUAGAAUAAAAACAAAAGUAAUAUGUAAUGGUUUAUCAUAAUCUGAAAAGAGAAAAUCAUUAUACUGAAUUAUUUCAUCAUGUCUGAAAUAGCAACUCAUCCCUAAACCUUUUAGGUUUAAAUGGAUUUGCUGUUUUCUUCUAGCUUUUUUAAUAUUUCAUUUUUUCCAUUAUUUGCAGUUUAUAAAAAAUACUUUUACUUUCUGUUCCCAAUCAAGGGGUCCUCAAUGACAGGAGUUUGAACUGGAUAGUAUUAUAGAAGCAAUAAAAUUUGAAAUCCCUGCACAUGUUAAUACAUCUUUUCAUAAAGCCCUUCUGAGUGACCACAUACAGAUUGUACAGCAGUACUUACUUAAAGCUUGCAGAAGAGGUACAGCUGUCCACAAUGUAGAGCAGUUACCUAACCUUAUAAAAAGUGCCAUGAACUCUUCUGUAAAGCUAUGCCAUAGAGUUGAUUUAAUCUGUUAAUCUCUUGGUGCUUAAUACAAACUUUAGAAAUAAGAUGAGGUGCUGAAUGAAAGAUGUAGUGUCUUCUGUGAAGGACAACUGGAAAGGGAUUCUUAAUGGCAGCAAGGAACAGCAUUCAUAAUCUCGGAGAAAUUUUAUUUGACAUAAUGGCAAUAGAAUUCCCUAAUCGUAACUGUCUCCCCUAACUUUGCCCUCUUUUCCAAUCUAGACCAGGCAUUCCUAGUUUUUGUUUAGUCACUGAGACCUACUACUAUUUUACCAACACAAUGGGCUACACAGCAUAGCCAUAAAUCUGUGGCCUACUGAUCUCUGUGCCCGCUCAUUUCUAACAAAUUGUAGAGGUUCCUGUGUAGAAUGCUGUUGAACCUGAAAUUUGAAUCUUGUUCUCUCUUCAACUUGGUGGGAAAUUUGAGCUGUUUUGGCUCUUUAAGAAGUUUAGAUUAUAUUUCGGGUAGGGCAGUUAAAAGGAGGCAUUGCAGAUAUUUGAUAUUACUGUUUUAAAAUUAGUUGCUGUGGCACCUGCAGAGCAAAGGCACGGCACUUGAAAUAAAAGAAAAUCAUAGAAGUAAAACAUUUAUAAUUUGGUUUAAGUCAUUUUAUAUAAAUCCUGUACUAUCUUUAUAAAGUCCCAUAAACAGAGGAAACCUUUUGCCUUUCUUGGAUACUUGCAAAAAACUGCUUUUGGAUUUUGGAAACUAAGUGUACAACUUGGGGAAAAAUAAGCUUUUAGUAAUCCAAGUGUGGUAUUGAAUGAAAGGAAAAAUCCUGUACAAUUUAGUCAUUGCCAGUUUUAAUGAUUUAUACUAUGGAAAUAAAAUACUAUAUUUCCCCUAAAUUAUUUUGAGCAUCAUGGAUAACUUCACUCAGCAUAUUCACAAGGAGGCUUAACUAUUUCUUUUCCAUGGAUGGAAAGGUGAAGAGGGAAUAGAUUUUUUUCCCAAAAGUGCUUGAAGCUUAGUGUUAUUGAUUCCAAAGAGAAAACUGCUGUUUAACUUUGGAGAUUCAAUAGAUUUUUUUUGGCUAACCUGAAUCCUAAAAAGUGUAGGUAGAAUUUGUGCUUUAUGGUGUAAUCUAGAUUUGUGUGUGUGCGCGCGUGUGUGUGAGUGUGUGAGAGAAAAUCAUUUCAGUUUGUAGCUAGGCUUUUGUUUGGAGCUCUCAGGAACUUGGGUUGAGGGUAUAUUUGUAUUAAUUUGCACUCUGAUGGUUUUAAUCAGUGGAAUAUAAUGACAAGGGAGAAGAUAAAAGUUAUUUUUAUGUCACAUGUAUUCAGAUGAGUGGAAGACUACAGUUUAGGCCCUGGAUUACAGUACAUAUUAAGUACUAAUCUGUCAACCCGGGGUUUUCUGCCUUUGGGUAGAAAUAUUUGUGUGCUGUGCACCAACUAUAAUGUGCUUAAUUUCUUUGUGGAUCUUUCUUCCUUUUUGAAAGAACUGUAUUCAUGCCAAUGCAGCAGUGACAAUAUGUACUGCUAUUAUCAUCAGACAGACUUGCCUGUUAUCUUAAACUGCAGUGGUGGGACUAGAGAACAAAAUGUGUUUAUAAGAGCUGGGGAACUGUCAGCUUCAUCAAUCCUGACUUGGCUUCAGUUCAUCUUGAUCAACUUAAAAAUUGGAAUAAGCAAUUAUUAAACAGAAUUGUAAGAUUCUGAUAUAGCAGUUAAUUUAAUGGUUACCAUCAAUUGAAUAACAAAGAAGCUGUUAAUAUUUUGUGCAUCCUAGGAAUUAUUAUUUUAUUCUUAACAGUAAUUCUGUUGCACAAAAAAAUCCCUAAAAUUAUUUAUUUUCUCCAAAUUUUCUUUAGCAAUUUUCAUUGUUUCCCAGUUUAUUUAAUAGUGUUAAGCUUGGCAUUUGUCAAUUUCUGUCUUCCACCUUAUCCUGGUUUGAGCAAUAUUGACUACUGUUUGGGAAGUGGAUGGGUGUUUAUUGUGAAGAUGGAAGGUCCCCAGUCUGACUGGUAAGCCCAGUUCCCUGGGGGGAAAUCAUAGGACUUUGAUAUCCACAAGCUUUUACAUAUAGUGGCAUGAUAAUGGUUUAUGCAAUUAUUGCACUUAAAUCAUUGUAUUGAGCCCACCUGUUUAGAGCAACUUUAACUGAAUGUCUGGAAAGCUCUACAUUCACCAAAUAGCAGCAAAUUUUGCUCUGUUGCCAUUGCAUUUUCUGCAAUUUGGAAAUAAAAUUGAAUUGAAACUGUUCUAGUUUACCCCUUCAAUGAUACAGGUUUUAUAGAAAACUAAGUACCUUUGUUUUUAAAAAAAAAAGUCACAAUAUAUGUAUUAGUUCUGACAUGAAACAUUUUCUCUGGUAAGUUUGAGGAAUGGGCCGUUCAGUUUUUUUUUAAUUGGUUGAGAUGAAAUGGGCUAUGAGUAAAUCUGAUUCUUUUUUUAUCAACAAUUAGAAUAUGUAAGCAGAAGGUAAAACAGCAAAGCAAUUUUGAAAGUAACAAAUAAAAGGAAGUGCUGAAAACGGU